AUGUGCUACGAACCAAAUGUGCUGAAAGUGCAUACGCAAUUCGCCAGGAGCCCCGUUAGCAGUAUGGCCGCGCAAACCAUCACAAUCAGGAGCAAUGCACUCGCCGUCACUGUAUACAUUGACAACGAAGGCGCAGCAUACCUCGAGCCCAUAACUCCAGUAAGAUGCACGCCCAGAAGACCAAUUUCAAGAUACUUUGAAUCCCAUCACGCUCCGUUAGUCGAAGUUCGACUUGCGGGCGAAGGAACACAGAAGCACAAGUCCUCCAAGAGCCUGGUCGGGGGCUAUAUAGGACCACGGCUGCGCUACAGAUCCUCCGUAAUUAGAGACAGCGAAGGAAGCAAAACCGCCGAUAUAACGCUAUCAGACCCCGAGCUUAAUUUUACAGUGAUCGUGCAUUUAACCGUCUAUGGCUCGACGCCUACUCUCAGAGCAACGACAACAAUCCGCAACCACAGUGACCAGGAACUGAUCGUUACCCAAGUGACAUCGCUUGUGCUCGGCGGGCUGACCACUGGCUCAGCAGAAUGGUGGGACGAAUAUACCCUGUCGAUUCCAACAAACUCCUGGUUCCGCGAAGCUCAAUGGAUUGAACAUGAUCUUCCUGGCCUUGGGUUAGACGACUAUGGUGUUUACGGGCGUCCGGAGAACCACUUCGCCUCGCUUGCGCACUAUGCGGUCUCAAACAGGGGGACGUUCUCAACGGAAGGCCACUUACCGAUGGGUCUCUUGAAGCGCCGCGAUAAUGGCGACACGUGGUUGUGGCAGGUGGAGAAUAACGGUUCCUGGCGAUGGGAGAUCGGUGACUGGAAGGAUAGCGUAUAUUUGGCUGCUGGUGGCCCGGUCGAGACGGAUCAUGACUGGAGACUGAUCCUCCAGCCGGGUGAGGAAUCCACAACGGUCCCUGUGGCGCUGGUCCAUGUUUACGAUGAUUAUGAGAAGGCGUUUUCCGCUUUGACACGAUAUCGACGGAUCAUUAGACGUAAACAUGAGGAUAACUCGCGUCUGCCUAUUAUCUUUAACGACUACAUGAACUGCCUUAUGGGUGACCCGACUGAAGAGAAGAUCCUUGCACUUGUCGACCCCGUCAUCAAAGCCGGCGCUGAGUACUUCGUCAUUGACUGCGGUUGGUAUGCCGACGAGGCAGGGUGGUGGGAUGAUGUCGGCGAGUGGGAGCCGUCAAAUAAACGCUUUCCCAACGGCUUCUCGACUCUCCUUGCGCAGCUAAGAAAGAAAGGGCUCAUUCCAGGGCUCUGGAUCGAACCCGAGGUGAUUGGCGUCCGGAGCAAGGUUGCAGCGCAACUGCCUGACGAAGCCUUCUUCCAACGCGAUGGGGAGCGCAUACUCGAAAAGGGCCGGUAUCAGCUUGAUUACCGGCACUCAGCCGUCCGGUCACGAAUGCAUGGGAUUAUAGAACGGUUGGUAAUCGAGUUCGGCGUUGGAUACUUCAAGUUCGACUACAAUAUCGAUGUCACUCAGGGGACGGAUAUCAGCACUUCCAGUCCAGGAGCAGCGCAACUCGAGCAUAACCGGGCAUACUUGACGUGGGUAAAUGAACUCUUGGAUAGAUAUCCUGGCCUGGUGGUUGAGAAUUGUUCGUCUGGCGGACAAAGGAUGGACUACGCCAUGCUGUCUACACAUCCCAUCCAGAGUAGCAGUGAUCAGCAGGAUCCUGUAAAAUACGCGGCUAUUUCUGCAGCGCUACCAACUGCCGUUACGCCAGAGCAGGGCGCCGUCUGGGUAUAUCCGCAGCCUGAAUGGGAUGACGAGACGAAUGCUAUGAGUGUUGUGAAUGCGCUGCUAGGACGUGUUCAUCUCAGUGGAAGGCUGGAUCUGCUGAGUGAGCAACAGGUCAGUCUUGUUAACGAGGGCAUGGAUAUCUAUAGGAGUAUAAGAGGGGAUUUGCCGAAUGCGACGGCGUUCUGGCCCCUCGGUUUGCCUGGCUGGCACGACGGAUGGAUUGUACUAGGGAUGGCGGUGGACGGGGGUGAGAGGUUCUAUAUGGCUGUUUGGAGAAGAGGGGGCUUGGACACAGUAGUCCUCCCAGCACCUUUGCUGAGGGCGCGCGACCUUAAGGCUGAGCUGCUUUAUCCAAAGGCGUUUGCGACCCAUUUUGAGUGGAAUGUAGCAGAGGGUUCUCUCAGGGUUGGAUUGGCAUCAACGCUUUGCGCUCGGUUAUUCAAGUUAACGGUUUCCUAA